AUGUUAAAAAGAAUAGACCAAAAAACUGAAAAUAUCAAAAUGCGUGGACUUUCUGGUUAUCACAUCAUGAUAGUCUCGAAGUACUUCGAAACUAUCAAAGACUUUAUUAACUUGGAGUUGGUAUGCAAGAAGUUUGGUGGUAAUAUGGAGAAGUUUCAUUUCAACCCGAUUCCGUUAAAUUACACAACACUUGGAUACUUUCCAAACAUCGAAACACUUCACUUGUGGGAUAAAAAGGAUGAGAAUUUUGGCAAUGGAUUUAUGAUCAACAGAAAAGAAAAUAAAGAUAUUGAAAAUGAAGUUGUUUUAAAAAGAGAAUUUUAUCGAAUCAUUGUGUGGUUUGAUGUUAACUUUGAAACUGUUGACAGAAACAUUAAUCGAAACAUCGAGUUUAAGGAUGUUAUUUACACUCAAAAUGAUAGAAAGAAGUUUGGUAAUAACAUACCAUCAAGUGUAACAUCAAUUGGUAAAUAUUGUUUCAGUGGAUGCAGUUGUUUGAGCAGUGUUAACAUACCAUCAAGUGUGACAUCAAUUGGUGAUGAAUGUUUUUAUGGAUGCAGUAGUUUGAGCAGUGUUAACAUACCAUCAAGUGUGACAUCAAUUAAUUAUUGUUGUUUUUAUAAAUGCAACGAUCUAAGCAGUAUAACAAUACCAUCGAGUGUGACAUCGAUUGGUGAUGGUUGUUUCUAUAAAUGUAGUAGUUUAAGCAAUAUUACAAUACCAUCAAGUGUGAGAUCUAUUGGUGCUGAAUGUUUUCAUGGAUGCAGUAGUUUGAGCAGUGUUAACAUACCAUCAAGUGUGACAUCUAUUGGUGAUUAUUGUUUUAUAAAUGCGGUAGUCUGA